GUACGAAUCGCCUCCCGAUCGCUCGGGCCGGCGUCCCGGCUAUCCCGACGACACUACGACCGCGCGCGCAAGCAGCGGUUGGUGCGUGGACAGUAUGCCGCGCGCCGGCGCACUUCUGCUGGCGCUAGCGGCUGUCCUGCUCGCCGCAGAGUGGGCGCAUGCCUCAUACAUCGAUCCUGGCGACGAAGAUGUUGAAGUAAAUUUACAGGAUUACGGCGAGGACCCCGGAGAUCUGCAACUCCUGCAGGAUGUCGGAAAACGUUCGUCGCUGAUCUACGUUUUCAGACGAGCCUGUAUCCGCCGUGGGGGGAACUGCGACCACCGGCCCGGUGAUUGCUGCCACUCCUCGUCCUGCAGGUGUAAUCUCUGGGGGUCCAACUGCCGAUGCCAGCGGAUGGGCCUCUUCCAAAAGUGGGGAUAAACUCCCCACAUACGUCCUCUGAAGCGGCGCUCAGCUCCCGCCAGCCGACUUGAUCGCCGCUCCACUGGAUGCAACAACCUCAGCGUUCAACCAAUGGACCUAUUGCGUUCUCAUUUGAUUUCCUUUCGCAAUUGAUUUAACACCUUAAUUUAAAGACUUAGCUAUCUAAAUUCGAAAACAGGGACCUAGAUUUAGUUUGGAAAUAUUUUUGGACCUUUAUACAAAAUUAAGAAAUAAAUUCGUUUUGAAAAUUUAAUUAGCUCUCGAGUUCAUGAUUUGGUUUCGCUCGUUAGUUCUUCUCUCUGAUUGAGCCGAGUGUCCGCUUACGUGGUUGGGCAAUCACCCAGCCUUAUUGCCCAAUCAGUACGCUUCGACAAUCAGCUCGGCCAAUCAGACCCCGACAACUGCCUCUAGCGAUGUGUUCUUGGUGAUUGCGAUUAUUUUCAAAUUUUAAGUUGUACCAACGGACUCUCGUCUUGGGGGCAGUUCUAUUCUAUUGCAAUGUAUGUAUGUAGAGUUAAGUAAGCUAAAGUAGAAACAGUAGCUACUAAAAUUGGUGGUAAACUUAUGUCAAUAGGAUGUAGCGAAUAUUACAAAAUAGAAAAAAAAAUAUAAGUAUAUAACUUUUAAAAAUAAAUGUUCUAGUAAUAUAAGUGACUAACGGUAUAGAAAACUUGGUGAAAGACGCUGUAAUAAGCCUUUAUAAGAAACGACGCCACUUGUAUUUGCGAUUGGCAACUUAGAUUUUUAAAAUAUCUAUUAACAUGUCAUAAUACAUAAUUCAUAUGGUUAAAUGGAAUCUUUAAUGUACUCUAUAUGUGACUCUUGGACAGGGGGUAUAUGGUAUUGCAGCCUAGUAGAUCAACUGUACGUAGCUUCUUAUAUUGUAUGUUCCUCAAUGUGGAAUAUAAUUGUAUUAUUACUAAUAUUGGAAUAUGCAAAAUGAUAAAUUAUAUUAAUAAAUGUUUA